AUGUCUUGUCGGGACAUCCACGCCACUAACGCUUUUGCGUUCUUCAUCGCCUUUGUGUCUGUGGCCGGUUUGACGGUGGCGGCAUUAGUCCCUCAGUGGCGAGUGACCCGUCUGGUCACCUUCAAUCGCAAUGCCAAGAACAUCAGUGUGUACGACGGGCUGUGGACAAAAUGCGUCAAGCAGGACAGCUAUUCGGGUUGUUACUACUUCGAUGCUGAGUGGUACUCUAAAGUAGACCAACUGGACCUGAGGUUAUUGCAGUUCUGCGUGCCUGCGGGUCUGGCCUUCGGAUCGCUGGCCUUGCUGUUGUGCAUGGCCGGCAUGUGUAAAACCUGCUGCUGCUCUGACAAGCCCGAACCGGACAUUAAGAGCGUCCGCUUCUUGGUGAACAGCGCCGGCUGCCACCUAGUGGCUGGCGCAUUCCUUUUUUUGGGCGGCGCCAUCGCGAUGGCGCCCUCCGUGUGGUUCCUGUUCGGUACCAAGGCGCUGAACAACCGAUACGACCACAUUUUCUCAGACGGUUUUGCUCCGUACGUGGCCAUUGGCUGCUCCGGGGGGCUGAUUCUUGCCGCCCUGCUCAUGUUCAUGUGGUACUGCAUGUGUAAGAAGUUGCCCUCGCCCUUCUGGUUGCCUCUUUCCUCGAUGCCCACCUCCGCAUCCAACCAGCCGCUCACGGCCAACGGAUUUCCGCCGUCGCCGAUUUACGCUUCUCAAGCAUUGCCGCCUCAGGCCUACCCUCCCACGGUGAUCGACACGCAGCAAUACGUGCCCGCGCAGGGCUACAUUCAAAGCGUGGCUGCCCCUGCGCCACCGCAAGUGUACAUGUCUCAGAUUUCUGCGCCUGAUGGUUACGGCUCAGAGGUGGGAGGAACACAGGCCUACAGCUACGCGCCCUCUCAGAGCUACGCGCCCUCUCAGAGCUACGCACCCUCUCAGAGCUACGCGCCCUCUCAGAGCUACGCACCAAGCUACACCGGCCACCGCUAUUCCACCCGCUCUCGGAUGUCUGCCAUUGAGAUUGACAUUCCUGUGGUGACACAGUAA